AGGGGCAAUGGCAGAACCAGCCCAGGCCCCGCUGUCCCGCCUGCUUGUCCCGGUGCUGCUGGCACUCGGCUGGAUCCUGGGCUGUGCCCUCAUGGUUUACAUUGUCUUCUCCUGAGGCAGCAGGGGAUGGCAGGUCAGAAGAACCUACAAUGAUGCUGAUGAGAAGAACACGGGAAGUUCAGUUUAGAUCUCUAUUGACUGAAAUACGUAUAAAAUGAGUUAUUUUUAAUAUCGACAAUGUAAAUGUCAUGCACACUCUUUAUCCAUUAGGAAGAAUCACCAAAUCAAUUUCCCUGUUCUCAGAUUAUUUGCAAUUGAGGGAGUGGUUUUCAGAAUCUCAUGGUAGGUCAGAUAGUGUCUGCUUGCCGAACAGCAAACUUUUAAAAUAGCUGCCACCAACUAAGGAACAGAAACAGCUUUGGGCUUUUGAGCAUGAAGAUUUUUCGACUGAAGAACUGCAGCUCAGAG